ACCACGAGAGGCUCGAUGUGGGGUUCCAGGCUGGUCCUCCGUCCUCCGCUCUGACCUUCAAAGCGUGAGAGGGACGUCAGUGUAUCGUGCUGAGCCCAAUCCAUUCGCUUCGAGUUCGUGGUCUCCAAACGACUGCCGUCCGCGCUCACUCUCCGCCACCUCAAUCGUUCGGCGAUAUCCAUCCCAAGAAAACGAACCAUGACUACCACUACCAACCCGAAUACUUGGACCGUCCCGACAGUCUACUCGUCGACCAACCUCGGGCCUAUGAUCACGCCCAUCACGUUUCCCGACGACUGUCUCUCGGAGCUGUGGAACAUGCAGACGCCGGGGCUGAUCGAAAACGCUAUGUACACGUACCACACCCAGGGUUGCGCUAUCUCUUCGUGCUGUCCAUCGUCAACCCCGUACUCCUAUUCUUACGAGUGGCUGAGCACCUACUAUUCGCCGGCCGUAUGCCCGCUGUCGUGGCGCCCGUGUCCGGGGCCGCCAUCGGGUCAUGUACCUUCAGCAACCGGCGAGACGGUGGCGUUCUGUUGCCCCAGUAAACACAACUGUCCCGACGACCUAUCACUGACAUCAGCCGCCUCAUGGUGGGCGUGCCAGAGCAGCCGGGGACCAACCACGCACGUCUGGCUCGUCUCUGGCAUCCACAACCAGGUCACCAUAAGCCAGCCGCUGUCCACCCUCAGUAGCAAGCACACACCGUUCAACAGUGUAGCAUACACACAAGUUUCAGAGUAAUCGUUCACGUAAUAACCACAGGCCGAUCCAGUUCAACGACCCAAUGACCGAGCAACUCUUUGAGUACCCACAGGGUGUAUGUAAAAGCUGCUA